UUAAAGCGAAAAAAAAUUAAAGAGGGAAAAAUUGUUUUCUUUCUUUAAAUUAAGAAAAAAGAAAAGCAAUUGUAUAUAUAUUUUAGAGAGAGAAAGAGGGAGGGAGAGAGAGAGAGAGAGAGAGAGGAGAAAAGUGCGUUUGUCUAUAUUUUUUGGUUGUUUGCUGCUGAAAGAGGGAAAGGACUCGUGGAAGCUCUGAAGCUCCGAUGCGUGUAAACUGCUGACCGAAAAAUGGCGAGAUCACGCAUUAAAUUGAACAAUUCCUUAUUCCUAUCGAAGCUUCUUGCUGCUGCAAUCUCGAUCCCACCGUUAUUCGCACCCUAACGUCACGGCCUCUUUUAUUACCAUCUUCUUCCGGUUCGGUGCCGAAUUCCUGUAAUUCGCACAAUCUCAAUUUUUUUUUUUUGGCCUUUUAAUCAGAAAUGGCGGUGGAUGGGGCGGCGAAGGUGUUGUACAUAGUUGUGGUGGACGGCGAGGAUGAGGAUUUGGAAGGGAGUAAAUUGGAUGAUGGAAAACACUCUUUUCGGUACACGCGGUCGGUGUUGCAGAGCACUCUGCAACUCAUGGGAUGCAAGCCUCGUCAUGCUUUUAAGAUUAGUCAACGGGUUUUUGAGAGGAUCAGAAGUGAAUAUCCUGCUGAGAACGUGGUUGAAUUUGGUUCAGAGAUUUUAGGACUCGGUGCUUCAAAGGUACACUCUGCGAAGGAGAAUGAUGAUUUUGUUGAGCAAUGGGGAAAAGAAAAUGGAGUUGCCCAUUCUGUUCAAAGGGAUGAUACUGAAAGCACCCUGCCUUUUGAGUUGUAUAAGAGGCGUACAACUGUAGUUGUUAAAAGAGAGAUAUUCCUAGAUAUCGUUUGUGAUGCUCUUGCUGAGUACAAAUAUGUUGGUCUCAAUCAAAGGGCUGAUUUGGUUUUAGCUUGCAGACUCCGUGAAAGAAAAGAAUCAGUUACUGUGCUGUUGUGUGGCACUAGCGGCUGUGGCAAAUCUACUUUGUCUGCAUUGCUGGGUAGCAGAUUGGGGAUUACAACAGUCAUAUCUACAGACUCUAUUAGGCAUAUGAUGAGGAGUUUUGUUGAUGAAAAGCAAAACCCCCUGCUAUGGGCCUCGACUUACCACGCCGGUGAGUAUUUAGAUCCAGUCGCAGUUGCUGAAGCAAAAGCCAAGAGAAAAGCAAAGAAAACUGCUGGCAUUUCAACUCCUCCAUUGUCAAAGGAUGAGAUGAUUGACGGUUCUUCUGUACGGAAAUCAUCCAUGGAAGGCAAUUCCAGCUCUGUUGAAUUGAUCAGUCAAAAACAGAUGGCAGUUGAAGGAUUCAAAGCCCAAAGUGAGAUGGUCAUUGAUAGCCUCGACCGCCUUAUUACUGCUUGGGAAGAGAGGAAACAGUCUGUUGUGGUGGAGGGUGUUCAUUUGAGCCUUAAUUUCGUGAUGGGCCUCAUGAAGAAGCAUCCUUCUAUCAUACCAUUUAUGAUUUACAUUUCAAAUGAGGAAAAACAUCUUGAAAGAUUUGCAGUCCGAGCAAAGUAUAUGACUUUGGAUCCAGCUAAAAACAAGUAUGUUAAAUACAUACGAAACAUCAGAACAAUCCAAGAAUAUCUGUGCAACAGAGCUGAUAAGCACUUAGUGCCCAAGAUAAAUAAUACAAACGUUGACAAAAGUGUGGCAGCCAUCCAUGCGACAGUCUUCAGUUGUUUGCGUAGGCGUGAAGCAGGAGAUCAACUUUAUGAUCCAUUAACAAAUACAGUUGCAGUCAUAGCUGAGGAAUACAAGAAUCAGUGUGCUGCCAAUUCCAUAACCUCCAAAGGAAUGUUCCAACUGAUCCAACGGAAAGGUUCUUCAAGGCAUUUGAUGGCUCUUUUGAAUAAUGAUGGAUCUGUAGCAAAGGCUUGGCCUGUCAACUCUGUAGAUGAGAAUGGAAAGCCUAUUUUUGCUAUGUACGGUCCAUUGCAAAUAGAUAAGGCUGAGCCUGUUAAUCUGCAGUUUGGCAACUUUGGGAUCAGUGCUUGGCCCAGCGAUACAGGUGGCACUAGCCGUGCCAGCAGUGUGGAUGAGUCCAGGGGUGAUUUGACGGACAAUGGUAGCAGAUAUCACUCAUCAUGCUGCAGCUCUCCGCGGUUCUCUGAGGGUGCUGCAAAGGAGCUCAAGGAGGAAGAAUCUGUGCAUGGCAGUGAUGAAGAGGUUGAUGAGUCUCCUGAAGAAGGAAGUGAUGAGGAUUUCAGUGAUGGUGAGAAGGAGAUUCAGGAAGAGAUGGAGGGCUCUGUGGACGAGGGGUCGACAAAAUCUGAUGAAGAGUAUGAUGACCUUGCCAUGCAAGAUAUCCCAGAGAAUGGUUAUUUGCCUGAUGAUGAAGAGUCUGCCAACAAACUGUUUUCAAAUUUGAACUUGUCGGAUGAUAUCAAAAAGCAGCCAAGCACUGAUGAAGCACAUGGAGAAAAAUACAAACGAAAUCUGGAUUUGUUCUUGAGGAACCACAAAGGUGAAAAUCAAUUGGGGCCGCCAGCACGAUCCUACUCUUCUUUACUCAGAGACAAGAAUGAGAAAAAGGUUCCAAAUUCUGGUACCCCAAGAACAAGGAAACGAUCCCUGAGCAUUCCCCCCUUUGGAAAACAUGGAUCCCUUGAAAAUAAUCCUAACUUCCGAGCAGGAUCACUGCUAAGAUAGUCUCAGAUGAUCACAAAUUCCUUUGUGAAGCUUUUGUUUUCUUCAUUCCGUAGGAUAGCUGACUCUUUGUUGCUCCUUCCCCACCCAUCCCCCUUAGUUUGAAGUUAGUUGGUACCUUAUAACUUGAGCUUUUCUUGAGGGAUGCUUUGGAUGAUGAAACUUAUCAGAUCAUUCUUCUUUAAAAAAGCUUGUUUUCUGAAUAUAAUUCCCCCUGGAAAUGUUAAUAUGAUCAAUUUGUUGACAUUGUUCAGAACAGAUUUACAUGACAAUCAAGCCUUUUCAUUUGGAGGUUUGAAUCUGAAAGAUACUUGUCAGAUAUGUAAAACUGCGGGGUAGAGCCAUUUUGAAGAUGGCGAGCAUAAAAGGGAAUCAAGGUUCAAAGAAAGAAAGUAACCUCAUCCGAGCAUUAAACCAUUUGCAACUUCCCGUUUUCUGCAUCUGUAUUUGCAUUCAACUGUGUUUAUUGUGGCCACAAGAACUGAUAAUACUUCCAUUUUAUGGGAAAAGGUCUUCUCAGUUCCCUAAAGGACGAAACGACCGUCACUCCAGUC